UCCACACUCCCCCUCACCUGUAUCAGCCUCUUCACCAAACAACAUGCAUGCCAAAACACCGCCACAUCCUCCCAUCUCACUCUCCUCGUACACAAAAACACAAGCAAACCAACAACAAACCCCUCCGUCGGACUCUACCCCACCACUCAACACUAUCCUCCGCCCCCACGCACACACCGGUCAACUACCAUACACUCAACGUCACUCAAGGCGCACACACACACAUCACACAAGCAUAAAUUUCAGCUCCCGCCCCUACCCCUCACUAUACUAUACGAACACACUCGGCCAACCAAACCCACCCAUCCAACCCUCCUACUCACUUCCUGCAUACAAGCUGAACUGAACAAAGCCAGUCUGUCUAUCGCACGUAUAUCCAAACCCGGUAUCCCACGGCCAAAC